AUGGCGCUUAAGUUAGAAUCGACAUGGCUGCUGUUUUAGAAGAUAAAGAGUUCACAGCAGAAAAAGCAAAGGUUAUACUAGAGGAAAUUCUUGCAGCUUUCAACCUCCCUGAUAAUAUCAAUAGGCUUGAUGAAGCACGAGAUAAUGCUGGUAAUGAUAUGUUGAAACACAUGCAGUUAGUAUUUCCUGUGGCAACACAGAUUGAAAUUGAAGUAAUACAAAACUAUGGGUUUCCAUCAAAUGGAGAAGGUUUAAUUCAGUUUGCUCAAAUGGUACGAACUUUGGAACAAAAUCAUCAAGAGAUUGAACGACUAAAUGCAGAACUUAGGACUUAUUUUAUUCCUCCAAUGGUACCACCAUCUCCUCCACAAAAUUCCUCUGGAUGAUUCAUCUGCAAGUUACAGAAGCUGUUUCUUUUGGAGAAGAAUGUUCAGAUCUUAGAGACAUUUUAUCUGAAGAGAAUAAUUUGGUUUAAAAGAUUUGGAUUUAUAAAAAGAUCAGAAUAGGCACAUUUUACAACCUUUACAGUUGUAAUUGGAAGAAAAAAAGCCCCAAGUAAAACUUAUUUGAAAUCUUUUAUAUGCUGUAACAAAGUAGUACAUUUUCAAAAUCUUUUGCACUGUGAGAGUUGUAAAAAAUGUAUUAAAGUGGAUAAGAGCAACACACUUUUGGCUUACCAAUAAAAAUGUAUGAACUAAAUUUCCAAGCCUUUUUAAAAAUAAAUGUUUAUCAGAUUAGGUUUAAUUUUUUGCAAACUGCAUUAGCCUAGUGUUUUGCAUUAGGAAAACAUUCUGACCUCAAAUAUUGAAACACCAGGUAAAAAAUCAUUUAAAAUGUUGGUAGAUGUUUCAGGCACUAGUGCAAAAGAAAACCCAAAACUAUAAAUCUUUUAAAACUUAAUUUUCUUAUAAAAGAUAAAUUAUUCAAUAAGUGAUUUCUGGCUUCACAGAGAAAAUGACAGUAGUUUACUAAAUGGAUUGGAUCCCUUCCAGAUCUGUAAAAUAGUAAGUAAGUUAUAGAGAUGGGUAGAAUGCAAUUUGCUGAGCAUUUUGCUGCAGUUAAAAAUAUUGAAUAAUGUAUGGGUGAAGCAGCUUUGGGUGAUAAUGACCAACAACAAACACAUCACCUCAAUAACCCCCAACAGUGAUUUAUUUGUUUUGUUUUUUCUUCAUGUUGGCUAGCUUCAUCUCUUCUCCUGCUACCUGUUACUUCAAUCUUUCAGGCAUGGAAACAAAGAAAUUCUCAAUUCCAAAACCAACUGGGGAGUCUGAGGGCUCUGUCCCUGAGCAGAGUCAAGUGGCAGCUCCUGUUGUGGAAGUUAAAGGGGUAUCCCCCACACAAAAUAAUUUUUUUUAAGAGGGUAAAAACAAUGUUCUCCUAGUCAGAAUUUUCCACAAAAAAAUACAUUAAAACAAGCUACCUUCUUAAUCUUCUCAGUUCAGACUUAACUAAAGAAUGACUAAAUAAAAAAUAAAUAUGAAUGAAUAAAAAUACUUUAUUGUUUAAUAAACAAAGACUAAUUUCAAAUUACUGUCUAAGGCAAGAUGUUGAAAAAGUUUUGUCCUGUUUCUGUUAUUUAGGUAUAGUACUGAUGCAAAAGUUAAUGAUAUAAUAAACAGACACACUCCACUUAGCAGUAUUUGUAGUGAUUUUUAACAUUAUUGUGCAUGUAAAUACAACACAGUUGAUUUUUAAGGUUAUUUUAUCAGACAUAUAAAUUCAUUUUCUCUUUUAAUGAAUUAGCAUAUUUCUGUUUCAUAUGUGUUCCAUCCUGGCUUUCUUUAGCUGCGUUAUCUGCUCUCUCUAGUGAGUACAUGCUUUUGGUUUACUUCACGCUUUUCUCUUGUUUCCUGUUUUUCUAUUUGUCAGGAACUUUUUUAUAUUACAUAUAGUAAGUUAAAGUAUAUGGGUGUGUUGGGCUAAAGAUUUUUCUGCAGUAGGUGUCUGUGACUUGUUGGCGAUAAACUCAAUAAAUAAAUAAACAAACAAACAGCACACACUCCACUUGUUUUAAUAUAUAUAUACAUAUAUAUAUUUGGAACAAGUGAAACGUGUACAAAAAAUCCCUACACUGUGGAGAUCAUAGUUAUAUAUAUUAAACACUAUAUAGUUCUCUUCUUCUUGUCAAAAGUCCACUUAGGCCUAUUCAAUUGCUUUAUAAUUCAGUUGAUGAGCAAAACUAUUGUUCUCUGUUUCUAUUGCCAAACUAUCCAUGUAUAUCCAAACUUCUCCUUCCCGUGACUUUACCUUGCUCUGCUCUUUUUUUCAUCGGCAUGCUACUAUCUAUAUGUCUGUUUCUUAGUCCGUCUAGAAAUAUCUAUAUCCUUGACAUCAAUGGAUUAUAAACACAAUGUAUGAUUCUUACCAAGUUAUGUAACCAAACUUGUCAUAACUAUCGCCUUUAAAAUAAUUGCUUUUAACUCUCUCAUUAUAAAAAAUUAAACAAUCAUGAAAUAUUCACUCACAAAAUAAAUAAAUUAAUAAUACUACCUACACUGGUCUUUUAUAUCUGACACUAUCUUUCUUUUCAGCUGUUCAACUUUCCUAUCUUUGCUGCAAUCUGCAUGCAGUUUAAGUCUUGGGCAAAUAGGGUCACACAAAUUUUCUUUCCUUUCAGAAUAUUUAACAGCCCCACCUUUUCACAGCCCUAUUUAACAGGUGAUGUGAUCUUCCUUACCACCUGGUCUCUAUUGUUCAAUUUCUUAUGUAACUGCUCAUCGUGUUAAUGUAACAUUUUGAACACAUAUACAUGUAUUUCUUAUUGAAAUUCAGUAUUGUAACUUUUUCUCUCCCCGUUUGCUUUACUAAGCAGCUUUUAUUUUCCUACACUAAACUGCCACUAGGAAAAAUAAUUAAACCAAGUUCAAAUUAACUAUUUUGUACCAACUUAUAAAUGCAGAUUUAUACAAAUUUAAGCAAUAAAGUUAGAAAAACAACCUUAAUACUACAAAUAAUAAAAACAAAAUUUUCUUUCAGUCAAUGUUUCACUAUUCUACUACUAGUUUUGAUGAAAUGGUAAUAUUGAGCUGUUGGCCAAAAUAUUUUUUUUUAUUAUUGUAAUCUGGAAAGCAAAGGUAAUUUUUUUCUAACUUUAUUGCCAAAAUGUCUAAAUUCCUCCAGUAUACACUACAAGUUCUGAAAAAUAAAAUAUUUAAGCAUUAUUUAUUGUGAGAUUACGACUUACUAAUGUAUUUGUGUAAACAGAUUUUUACUACACAUUGCUCUUGAAUUAAAUAUGAUUUUUGUGUACUAGUUACAAAACUCCUGACUUAAUAUGUUGAAAGUUACAUGAAAUGUUGUAAUGUUAAUGUCACAUUUAAAAUAAAUUUUAAAUCCAAUUAUGGAAUAAUAAUUUUUACAUAAUAUAUAGGAUCAGAGAAAAAUUAGUUAUUGAAAAUAUAUAAUGUUAUAGUAAUAAUUUUAACAAAAAUCAUGUCAUUACUUUGAUCCUUUACUCAUAAUUAAAGAUCAGGAAAAUUAAGUUCUUUACGACUUUUACUUAAUUCUUAACUUAAUUCUUUAAGUAUAACAUGUCACUUGUGUACACAAAAUAUUUGAGUUUAAAGGUUUAAUAUUAUAGAUCAAUGGAAGUUACCUGGUUGUAAUGUAUGUUUAAUAAUCUAGCAAUAGUUAGCAUGUUAUUUCAGUUUAAUAGGGUUUAUUCACUUCACGCUAUUAAGUCUUCUCAGAUAUGUUGUAUAAGCUACUUAAUAAACACACCAUGUUUUUUUA